UCAUACUGACGUCACUAGGAUCAAUCAUAUUCGCCAUAGCUGGGUCUGUUGGUGUUCGGGACACCCCGUCAAUGUUCCCUAUGAUGAUCAUGGGUCGCAUGUUUCUCGGAUUUGGCGAUGGACCCAUGCGUAUCGUCCAGGACCGUGUGAUAGCCCAUUGGUUCGCCGAGGAUUCCGUAAUAGCUGUAAGCCUGGUUAUACUUACAAGGCGGGCAGGAACUAUGCUCAACUUUAUGACAACAGCAAAUAUUGCCGUCCAUUUCGGGUUUUCUUCGUCUCUUUGGAUGGGAGCCUUUAUAUGCUCCAUUGGAAUUAUUGCCGGUGUUGUUUUGGCCAUACUGGACUACCACGGAACCAGAAAUCUCGACGAGGAGUCUCAGCUGGAGAUGGCCAGUCGACCCGUCAAGCUGUCAGACAUCACCAACUUACCUAAGACAUUCUGGAUACACGUUGCUAUGAUUGGCUUCCAUUUCUGCACGUUCUUCUCCUUUGUUUCCAAUAUAUCCCAAUACAUCCAGUUGAGGUACGGAUACACCAAAGUGGUCGCCUCAUAUAUCACAGGAGCUUCCUAUGUAGGACCCGUGUUUUUCGCGCCCUUUGUUGCACUUCUGCUGAGAAAAAUCGACUGUAAUGGUCUGAUGGCUAUGUCGGCCACCACCCUGAGUAUCCCUGUGUACCUGCUGAUGGCCUACUGUCCCUCCAUACCACCUCUGGUCCUUACGGUGUCUAUCGGGGUCGUCUACACGUUUGAUGUUGUAAGUCUGUCGCAUCACAAUUCCAUGUAA